AUGGUGAAGGACGUUAGAGCGCCGGGCUUCCGCGAGAAAUGGCGGCAGGACGUGCCGGUGCUAUACGAUUGGUUCUUCAACCACCACCUCAUGUGGCCCUCGCUCUCCUGCCGGUGGGGCCCGGUGCGCGCGGAGCACGGCGCGUACAGCGAGCAGUACGUGUACAUCAGCGAGCAGACCGACGGCACCGCGCCCAACACGCUUCUCCUCGCCAACGUCGCCGUGGCGGACAACGAUGCAGUGGCACCCAGCCUGCUAGCGGACUUCGAGGAGGACGACCCAUCGGCGCUGGUGGGAGUGCUCAAGGCAGUGCAGCACCCGGGCGAGGUCAACCGCAUCCGCGAGUUGCCGCAGUUCCCGCAGAUCCUCGCCACGCACACGGACGCACGGGACGUGUUCAUCUGGAACAUGGAGUCGCAGGACGACCGCAGGAAUGACGCCAAGGGGGACGGCGCUGCCUCCGACAAGCCGUCUGUGCCCGACCUGGUGCUGCGGGGGCACACGGACGUGGCGCAGUUUGCGCUGGCGACAGCGGCGAGCGACCCGUUUGUGCUGAGCGGGGGCACGGACCGGCACGUGGUGCUGUGGGGCCUGCAGGACCACGUCUCCAAGGCCAGCACCGACGAUUCGUCGGAGCUGGCAGCGCCGGUGCUGCACUGCAGGGAGACGUUCACAGGGCACCGGGCGACGGUGGAGGACGUGCAGUUCAGCCCCAGCGACGCACGGCUGUUCUGCUCUGUGGGCGACGACUACUGCCUGCUGCUCUGGGACACCCGCCGCGGCACCACGCCCGUCAACAAGGCAUGCGCAUGCGCCUGGGGAAGGGCAGGGCGUGCUGGGUUGCUGGCUGUGCGGUUGGGGGGGAGGGGGGGAGUGAAAGGGGGGGAGGGGCGAGCAGGAAGGAGAGUGGAGCGAGCACACAACGCGGAUCUGCACUGUGUGGACUGGUCGCGGCUGGACGACAGCUACAUCCUGACGGGGUCUGCCGACCACUCGGUGCGCCUGUUUGACCGCCGCAAGCUGCCCACGGCAGGCCACUGCACGCCCGUGCACACCUUCAAGCACCACCUCGACGCCGUCACCUGCGUGCAGUGGCACCCAUCAGCUCGGGGGGUGUUUGGCAGUGCGGGGGACGACGGGCUCAUCCAGGUCACAGACGCAUCGCACAUCAUGGGGGCACCAGGCGACAAGCCUGGUGGAGGGGCAGCGCAGGGCCGCCAGAUGAACAUGUUCCAACACCUGGGGCACCGGGAGAAGGUGUGUGAGUUCCACUGGAACCCCCAUCGGCCGUGGACGGUGGUCAGCACAUCCAUUGACUCGGGCCGGAUAGGAGGAGGCACCCUGCAGGUGUGGCGUAUGCAUGACCUUUUCCAUCUUCCAGAAGAGGCUGCACAGAAAAAACUCGAAGGCAUGAUUGGCUCGACCCCAAGCAAGAAGUAA